AUGUUUCAAAAACAAUUUCUCUACAAACACACAUCGUUCGGGUCAUUGCCUUCUCAAACCCGUGAAGCGUAUACACUGUUACGACAAUUACUUUCUCUCAAAUAUAAAUUUCCUCUUCCUAUGAGGAAUAAAUAUGUUCAUAAUGUUAAAGAGUCAUUUUCUGUGGUAACCUUGUUCGGAUCCGAGCAAGAGCAACGACAAUUAUUAAAUAAUGUUUCCAAACAUGAUUUACCAUUGCUCCGAAAAUUUACAGAAUUACCUGAAGAGGCUUAUACUUUGUUUGAUAAGAGAUUAUAUGCACCAGAGCUGUACGAACAAAAAUCAACAGAUCAUCCAUCUUCCACAACUACGGAAAGUAAUGAGAAAAUUUAG